CGUGAACUUGCAGCUUGGAGAAGGCUGUCUCACCCGAAUAUAGCUUAUUUGUUAGGCACUACGACAGGCUUCGGUCAUCUCGAAGGCAUGGUUGGCUUGGUUUCCCUGUGGAUGAAGAAUGGAUCACUCCAUGGGUACAUGGGUAACAGGAGUGAUGUACCUCUAUCACGGCGUCUUCUUUGGGUGAAAGACAUUGCUGAAGGGCUGAAAUAUCUUCAUAAGCAUCCUAUAGUCCACGGGGACCUCACCCCAUUGAAUGUUCUGAUCGACGAUGACGAAAGGGCCGUACUGACUGAUUUUGGCCUCUCCGUUAUAUUAGGCGGCUUUACCAAUUUGUCGGUCACAUACAGCGAUACAAAGAUAGGAGCACAAGCCUGGGCGGCCCCGGAGUUAUUGUUCGACCCCCCUGAUGGUAAGGGGCCGAAUCCAAGCCCAUCAAGCGACGUGUACUCUUUCGCAUGCCUAAUGUAUCUGUUCUCAUUUUCCUCAGAUUUUUACCGGAUACCACUUGUGGAAAAUGACGGGGUUAAGCCUGAAUGGCGCAUUGUGCGUCGUGUAAAGGACGGUGAUAGGCCUUCUAAUCCUGGCACUAUUGAUACCCGAUAUUGGAGCUUGAUUGAACGGUGCUGGGCUCAACAGCCAAGUUCACGUCCAAAGAUCAGCGACGUUCUUGCUGUGGUUGUGAGAUAUCUGAACGAUGAUGGCCAGAAAUAUUGA